CCAGGGCGUUAUCCCGGCGGGGCCGGCCAGCCUAUUUUCCAGGCGAGGAAAUAUUUAACUGCAGCGUCAGCAAGCAGGGCAGGCGGGUGCAGGCAUGGAGGGCAACGGCCAGCACCCGGCCCCCACUGCCCCCCCAGACCGACCCCACGGCGAGCGCCUGCAGCUCCUGCUGCGCCGCAGCCGGGAGGCCAAAAACUGUGCCUAUUGCCCCUACAGCCGCUUCCCAGUGGGCGCCGCGCUGCUCACCGCCGGCGGGGAGAUCUUCUCUGGGUGCAACGUGGAGAAUGCCUGCUACAGCCUGGGGGUGUGCGCUGAGCGCACGGCCAUCCAGAAGGCCAUCUCGGAGGGACACACCAGCUUCAGGGCCAUGGCCAUUGCCAGUGACAUGGGGGACCACUUCAUCACGCCCUGCGGCGCCUGCAGACAAGUGAUGAGAGAGUUCGGCACGGACUGGGACAUCUACCUGACAAAAGCAGAUGGCACCUAUAUCGUCAAGAGGCUGGAGGAGCUGCUGCCGCUCUCCUUCGGACCUGAGGACCUGAAGAAGGUGUGAGCAGCGUGGCCGCCGCCGGCCUUUGCCCUUUGGCAGCAGGGGAGAGGACGGUUUUCCCCAAUUUUCCCAGCGUGUAAGCGGCUUUUUGGGGACGAUGCAAUGGGAAAUGUGUUUAUAGUGUUAAGUUACCCACUCCUCUCGCUCAUCUUCUGAUUCAGCGCUUAUUUGCAGAUGCUGGCCCCACCUUACCCCAGGGAAAUGGAGAAAUUAAAUCACAGAAAUUCCUUCUUACUAGAAAAAAAGUGUCCAGAUAUCGCUGUAGGCGAGAGGGGACUUCACAGAUGAAGGGUUUGAUGCACGGCUCAAGCUCAGGCUUGUUGGUACAGAAACCACUCUGGAAUAAUGCAAAAUUAUUGCUUGGGAAAAUGCUGAAUUCUUCAGCUCUAAAUCUGAAGCAAAAAGGAAAGGCUCCAUCAACCCCAGCAGCUAUUUAUAAGCCAAUUCAGAUUAGGCGAUUUACUGGAACUGGACAGUUAUCACGCUGAGCGUGUCCUUUGCUCGUUUCUCUCUGGCUUGUUUUCUUUGCUUUUAUUCCGUUUAUGGGGAUGAAGAGGGAGAGGAGUUUUUGAGGGUUUCUGGAGAGUUUUCCGUCUCCAGAGUAGUGCCGUUUGCUGAUUGUAAUAUUAAUUUAAUGAUGCACAAUGAAAAACAACUGCGCUCCAUUUCCCAACCGGCGCUGGGUUGGGCAUUACUGCCUAUGCCCAAGCAAAAUAAAAGCAGUCCUGGUUU